UAUUGGUUAGAAGGCUGCCGUAAAGCAGGACGCUGUCAUGGGAGCUACGUAACAUGAACAGAUGCCCGUCUUUUGUUAAUACUUUUAUAAUUUCAUCCCGAUUUACUUCACCACAUACUUAACUCUAUGUAAACACAGGCCAAAAUGGCGGAGAAGUUUGAUAAUCUAGAGGAACACCUCGAGAAAUUCAUCGAGAACAUUCGUCAACUCGGGAUUAUCGUUAGCGAUUUUCAACCCAGUAGUCAAACCGGACUGAAUCAGAAAUUGAACUUUAUGAUUACUGGACUACAAGACAUUGAGAAAUGCCGACAACAGCUUCAUGAUAUCAAUGUACCUUUGGAGGUGUUUGAAUACAUCGAUCAGGGCCGUAACCCUCAACUCUAUACCAAGGAGUGUUUGGAGAGAGCGUUGGCUAAAAAUGAACAGGUCAAAGGAAAGAUUGACACCUUGACAAAAUUUAAAAGCCUCCUUAUCUCUGAGCUGGGGAAGGUUUUCCCCGAAGAGAUGGGUAAAUAUAAGGCUAUUCAUGGCGACGACCCUCCUUCAUGAAACGUUUACCAGUGCCAUACAACUUCAAAUACAAGAUGUACAUAUGUUGAUAUUAAUAUAACAUGUUUUUUAAGAUCGAAAUCAUCAGUCAAAUAUGCAAAUUUAUACAGCUUUUCCAUCUUUCUAUUUGCCUUUGUAUUUCACAAGACAAUGGUUGGAGAACUGAGGGAUAUUUUGGAGCAUUCUACAGUCAAAUGCCUUUUUUGUCAUGCUUUGUAAUUUUCGCAGCAUAUUUUUAUUUUACGUUGAAUAAAAUGAUUAUUUUGUAAUCA